AGUGGUGGCGGUUCAUUCAACAUGGCGGCAGCGGCUAAAAGAAGUGAAAAGUCCGGGAUUAGCUGGAUAAAUAGCGUGUCAGAAGAGGAGCAACCUUUGGUGUUUGUUCCUGGAGUCGAUAGACAGGCGAGCACCUGCAAACCUUUCAAUGUGGGAUCAUGCAGCACCGGCAUACACGGUAAAAAGGGCACAAAGACACGAAUCAAGCGGAUCUCUGACAGCAAGACCCCGGCCAUACAAAAGACAAGAGGCAACAACCAGAUCCACGUCCAGAGUGAUCAUUCUGAGUCUUCUUAUCGAGAAAAAAUGUCUGCUGUGUCUUCAGAGUCCUAUGAUACAUUUGUUCCUUUUUCUCAGGCAGUGUCAGACAACAAAGCUAAGAGUGACAUCUGUUUGAAAGACCUCUGUCCUGAAGAUAAGCGACGAAUUGCAAACCUGAUCGAAGAACUUGCCAGAGUGACUGAAGAGAAGGAGGAAUCAGUGCAGCGUUUGAAAGAUGAACAGGGAAGUUCUGAACGCAAGAUUCAGCAGUUGGAGGAACAAAACCUGACAAUAGCGCGGGAAAGAGAGAGUCUGCAGCAGCAGUACAAAGAAUGCCAGGAGCUGCUCGCGCUCUAUCAACAAUACCUUUUGUUGCAACAGUCAAAGCUAAACCAGUCCAUUCCCCAACCGGCACCCCAGAGCAGGGUGCUCAGCAGCGAGGAAACCCACAGCAGGACGUCUACAAGCAGAGCUAAUGGCUCGGUCUUUGAUGGCUCGUACCUCGGCUCUGCUGCCACGAUGGCACAACAGUCACAACCGUGCAGGAAUAGCGACAGACGAAGAGGAGCAGCACACACAUUCCAGAGCCCCGCUCAUCUUUGCUGUGCUAGUGACUCCGGUCCAAACUGUGGACCGUUCAAACAGCAUAUGGGGCCGAAAAGGGAGUGCAGGGAGCCACAUUUAUGCCGCAGAUGUGAAAAUAGCCAAAGCAGUGUUCACGACACUGGCUAUGAAACGCAGCAACAGAGAAGCGACUCUCAUCAAUGGAACAGCGACCAUUAUAUUAACAGCAAAGAGGAGUUGGAAAGGCACCACAGAGGAAAUAUCCAGAGCACAGAGGCCAAGGAAGCUCCCUCUGCGGAGUCUCAACCGAGCCACGAGGACUGGGAGGUGAAGAAGCACCAGAUUCUCCUGCAGAAACUGCAGCUGGAGAUGGAGAGAGAGCAGAUUCAGGCACGGCUGGCUGAGCAGGAAGAGAGGCUCAAGAGACAGGCUCAGCAGCAGCGUCAGCCCCGUCUCGAUUACAGCAGUUUUCAACAAGCUACUCGAGCUGAGCUCAGCAUGUCAAACACUAGGGAUGGAAGUUCAGAGCCUGGAGGACCUUCCCAAGAACAUUUGCCUCCCAGUGUAUCUGAGGAUGUCGGCACGUCUCCUCCAGGACAGAGUUUCCAUGAGAAACACUCACAAACCGUAUCCUCUCUGCAAAAUCACAAUACUUCCUCUAAGCAGGCCAGAAGGGACAUGGCCACGUCUCCAGCACAGCCUCCCGCUGGACUCACCUCUGCGUCUGCAGCUGAACAGACCCCAGAGGCCAGGUUGGACUUAUCUGUGGCUGAGUUAUUGGAUAUCUUUAGUCCUGUCUCGACGCCCGAGCCAUGCAAGCCAGCAGCUCAGAGACACAAAACAUCACAGCGUAAGCCGGCCGUCGCCCCCAAAUCACUGAACCAUGCUUUACUCACUCCUGGAGGGCCUUACCCACGGAGCAGCCAGCAGGACCUGGAAGAGAGCCAAAUACUGGAAGAUAUAUUCUUCAUCUUCUAACAAACGGGAGGAAGAUGAACCGCUGAGGAAAAUAUUCCAAUCACUCAAUAUUCACAAAUAUUUUUCGCUAGAGCUUUUAUUCAUUUGUUUGCGACAUACUGAAUUUUGAGCAACUGUCAUGUUUUCGAUGUUUCUCAUGUAACGCUGUGAUUUAUUACAAAUAAAUUUAUCAUGAGUCGGUU